AUGGGCACCUUUCAGUAUGGGCUUGAUUAUGCACUUGUUGGAGGCUUUCUCUCCAUGCCUGGUUUCCUCAAGGUCUACGGGUACUACUCGCCCGAGCUUAAAAAGUGGAAUAUUGACCCGACCGUUCAACAAUUGAUCUCCUCCUUGAUGACAAUUGGAACUUUCGUGGGUUCCCUAUUGAUUGGGCCCCUGAGCACCAAAUUUGGACGUAGACAUGGGCUAUGGGGUGCAGCUGGCCUCAACGCCAUUUCGACAGCUAUUAUGCUUAGUACUACCAGUGUGGCAGCACUCUAUGUUGCACGUCUUAUGCUCGGCAUUUCGGUCGGAUGGUUUUUUACCUUCUCUCAACUCUACGUCCAUGAAGCGGCGCCAGCCCAUCUUCGCGGCAUCGUGUUUGGUUUCUACCAAGUUAUGUUGUCCGUUGGCUCCAUCGUCGGGGCUAGUGUCGACUUCGGAACGCAUAAAAUCCAGUCCAAGCGUGCUUACCAAAUCCCUCUGGCUAUCUUUUUUGUAGCCCCCACCAUCCAAUCCAUCAUGAUCAUCUUCUUUCCCGAGAGUCCUCGCUGGCUCAUGGUCCAAGGCAAAGAGGAAGAAGCGGAGAAAGCACUUCGCAGGCUUCGAAACAAGGAUAUCGACGAGCAUGAAUUCCAGGCCGAGUUCAAUGAAAUCCGUGGUUCUACCAGGGAGCAAGUUGAAAACAACAAAAAGUGGCUAUUCAUUGAGAUGUGGCGUGGUACCAACUUCCGACGAACUGUUCUCUGUCUCGCUGUAGUCUGCUUUCAUGCUGCUAACGGAUCUUCUUGGGUUAACAUUUACACUACCUAUUUCCUGACUGUUUCGGGAGUCCAAAACGAAUUUGCGAUGUCCGUCAUGAUCACAUGCAUAGGACUCCUCGGCUGCAUUUUCAGCUUGGGAUUCACACGUUUUGUUGACAGACGAGUCGUGAUCAUCAUUGGCUGUAGUGCCUGCGCUCUUUGCCAGCUAUUUAUGGCUAUCGUUUGGACUAUUCAUCCGGGAUCCAAAAUAGGAGGACAGUGUGUUGUUGCAUUUAUAUCGCUCUUCACGUUCUUCUAUGUUGCAUAUUCCCCGACGGCAUGGCUCGUAGGAGGCGAAAUCCCCAACAACCAUCUCCGCCCCUUCACCUACGGCAUGGCAACCGCAUUGAACUUUGUCGGAAACUGGCUCGGUACAUUCACAGCGCCAUACUUCAUCAACCCAGCUAAGCUUGGCUGGAGCGCCAAGUACGGAUACAUCUGGUUCGGCACGAAUUCGCUGCUCGUUCUCUUCACCAUAUUUUUCCUUCCGGAGACGCGUGACCGAACUUUGGAAGAAGUGCACGAGAUGUUUGAGAACAAGGUUCCGACGCACAAGUUCAAGACUUAUGUCUGCACUGGGGUCGAGGCGUUCGCUGCUCAGGGUGUGGCUAAGGCUGAUAUUUUGACUGAGAGACAUCCGUAUCCAGCUGAGAAGGAGGCGGUGGAACAACUUGAAACCCGGGAGGAAGAAGUCAAGGACCAGCCCAAAAAGGAGUCAUGGAGAAGUGACAAGAAAUAUAUGACACCUUUGUCUUCCCCAAGCUCACAAAACGAUCCAUGA